AUGACUGAAGAAACUCAGAAGAAGAUAGAAGAGUCGCUAUCGUCAAGCGAUGUAUUGACCACAGUCUAUGAUGUCAAUCGUGCAAUUUUUCGACAUUUACCAAUCCAUUCUAUUGACUCCUGUUCUUUGGUUUGUCAAGCCUGGGCCCAGCUUGCUCGUUUGGUUAAAACACAACGGCAUACUGUACAUGCUUUAACUUAUCCACCGAAUCCCUUAUCGUCAACGAUAGAAUUUCCAUAUCUUCGGUCGGAUUUUGAUCGAUUUCUCUCGUCAGUCAUACAAAACAAUCUCUGGUCAAUUCCAUAUUUAGCAUUCAUAGUUGUGACAAACAAUUUAGAAAAAAAGGGUUUCCAAUCAUUAACAUCCGCAACAGGAGAUGCAUCAUCUUCAGCUAAAUAUCCAAAACGUUUUCGUUCACAAUCGGCAUCGAAUAGAACAGGGCGCUGUGAUAUUCUGCAGUCGUGCUUGCGUCAUUUGAACAAAUCAUGUCAAGUCCUAAUGAUUGUUUCAGAUGCGAUUGUUGCAUCGAACGAAGACAAUCAAACCAAUGAAAUUGAACAAGAUGACGCCAUGGGUAUUCUUCUACUUCCUAGAUUUCCGUCGAAUACCUUAGGAAUCUAUCCGUUUGAAAUCCCACACAAAACUUCAAUAUCAUCUACUAUGUCUCGUGCAGAUUUACAUCAAUGUCUUGGAGGUGUUCCAGACGACGUACCGAUUCGUCUUGUCAUAUUCUUCUCGUCGUCGCCCCAAUCUCAAACAGUGAAUUGCAUGAAAAAAUUACUGGAAUUUUAUUCGUCGGAUAUAGCUAUUAUCGGCGGAUAUGUCAACCGAAGUCGUUAUGAUAAUCGAAAAGAUACGAGGAAACAUUCCUCAAAUAAUCCUUGUGGAAUUGUUCUUACUGGUGAUCGAAAUCAUUUACAUGUUCGACAAAUUGUCUUAAAAAAUCAGAUUCAAACACGAGAUGCCAUACGAGAAAAAUUGAAAGAAUUAAAAUCAAACGAAUAUCAACAAUGUUCUUUAUCAUUUGCAAUACAAGUCAGUUGUGUAGCACGCGGCUUAGAUUUCUAUAAUCAAGAAUCUAAUGUUGAAUGUUCGGAAUUUCGAACUUUAUUUCCAAAUACACCAUUGAUUGGAAUCUUUGGUAAUGGUGAAUUCGGUUAUGAUUAUCUGGCGGAUGAACAAUCGAAAACACGGACAUUUAAAGAUUUGUUUCAUAGUUAUUCGACAAUAUUUUCACUAGUUUCGAUACGUUUGUAA